AUGGUGCCUGUGUACAUGAGGUGGAUCGUGAUCGUGUUUCUGGCCUGGGGAGUCUUACAGCACCUCAUCAAGCUAUGGUUCACUCUUGGCUAUCACAAGGCUGUGCUCUAUAAUCAUCAACCCGGGCCAUGCCGGGUCGUACCAGGUGUGGAACACGGAGCUGAGGACAUCACCACCCUGCCCAACGGUCUUGCAUUUAUAUCUUCGGGCCUCUGGCUCCCAGGGUUCCCUCACGGCAGGUCAGAAGUCAGAGGUCGCAUCCUGACCUUUAACUAUAGUGACCCUGAGAGCGGUGUGAAGGAGCUGAACUUCAGCGAGGAGUUUGACCGGGAGAACUUCAACCCCCACGGACUCAGCGUGUGGACCGAUCCACUCUCGGGAAGGAUCAGUGUCCUGGUGAUCAGCCACCAGAGGAGGAAGGACCAGGUGGAGGUGUUUACGUACGACGUUGCCACGGAAACACUGGAACACCAGGAGACCAUCAGGGACGAGCUUAUAUACAGUGGUAAUGACUUGUUAGCGCUGGGUCCGGACUCCUUCUACCUCACAAACGAUGUCUCGCACGGCGCGAGAGGGUCGACACUCGCACGGAAACUAGAGACGUAUCUCCUCCUGCCAUUUGGAAAUGUCGUGUUCUACAACGGCACGCAGGCGCGGCCAGUCGCGGAGGGUCUUGUGUUCCCGAACGGAGUUAACAUGUCCCCAGACAGGAGGUACCUCUAUGUCGGAGCAGGCUUCACAGAAGAGCUGCGCAUCUUCAGGAGAUUCGCAAACAACAGUCUGGAGCAGAUAGAGUCGCUGCCUCUGCACAGUUUUGUGGAUAACAUAGAGGUGGACCCUCAGACUGGGGACCUGUACAUCGGCCUGCACCCAGUCAUCGGAAAAACACCCCUGAUACACUAUGACCCAUGGGACCCACCCGGGGCACAGGUUUUGCGAAUUAAAAAUGCAGUGAGGGGUCCGGACAUCACCGAGCUGUUUGUCAACAACGGCACAAAACUGCAGGGCUCCAGUGUGGCCAGCUUCCACAAGGGGGCGCUCCUGAUUGGUUCUGUGUUUGACAGGCUGCUGUACUGCCAAGUCAGGACUUUGUAGCAAACAUCAACACGGGUUUUCUAGUAUUGGGUGGACAGUUGGGAGUCUUGUACUUCUGUCUCUGAUUACCAGGGGGUGCAUCUGAUCGGUUCCGUGUUCGACAGGCUGUUGUACUGUCAAGCAAGGAUAUAAAAGCUCCUUGUGUCAAGUCAGGACUUUGUAGCAAACAUUGACAUGGAUUUUCUAGUGUUGAGUGGACAGAUUGGGACUUGUAGUUCUGUCUCUGAUUGCCAGGGGACGCAUCUGAUCAGUUCUGUUUGACAGGCUGCUGUACUGCCAAGUCAGGACUUUGUAGCAAACAUUGACGCGGGUUUUCCAGUGUUGGAUGAAAGGUUGGGGACUUGUAGUUCUGUCUCUGAUUACCAGGGGGCACAUCUGAUCGGUUCUGUGUUUGACAGGUUGCUGUACUGCCAAGUCAGGACUUUGUAGCAAACAUUGACACGGGUUUUCCAGUGUUGGAUGGACAGUUGGAGACUUGUAGCUCUGACUCUGAUUACUAGAGGGCGUAUCUGAUCGGUUCUUGUUCGACAGGCUGUUGUACUGUUAAGCAAGGAUAUAAAAGUCAAUACUUUGUAGCAAACAUUGACACGGGUUUUCUAGUGAUGGGUAGACAGUUUGGGACUUGUAGUUCUUCUCCUGAUUACCAGGGGGCACUCCUUAUCGGUUCUGUGUUUUACAGGCUGUUGUACUGUUAAGCAAGGAUAUAAAAGCUCCUUGUGCCAAGUCAAUACUUUGUAGCAAACAUUGACACUGGUUUUCUAGCGUUUAGGGGACAGUUUGGGACUUGUAGUUCUGCCUCUGGUUACCAGGGGGCACUGUUCAUCAGCUGUGUGUUUGGCAUUACAAGUCCGGUCUUUGUAACAAACAGAAAUUCCUAAUAUGGUUGUGGUAAAACAGCCUAAAAGAAAAUACGGGAAGUAAUGUUUUGAUAAUGGGCUUUAAUAAACCAAAUUCACGAUUUCUAGAACCAAAAUCCAACUUGCAGAAAGCCUCAACUGUGGAAAAACUCAAAAGACAUGUUGAAAUUUGUUGCACAGAAGUUUGUAGGCUGCAGUUAUAGUUUCUAAGAAACUACGUUUUCUACCAUUGGAAACUGUAAAUGUUAUAUCUUAGUGUGAUCCUCUAAAUGUUCCAUGCAUUAUUGUACUAGCCUGGCUAAUAGUGAACCACCACAGCAAGACAAAAUAGAAUU